AUAUGUGUUUUCUGUUUUGGUUCGCUUAUAGUUAUGAUCAUCUUACACGAACGUGAUUUUCGUUCGAUAUUUGCAUCUUGUGAAAUGAAACGAUCGCGAAGGAAGUAAUAUAUUAUUUUGUCAAUCAGUUGGAAGGUUCGAAAUGCCGACUCCGUCUUUGAUAGUGUCAUAAAAAAGUAUUGAUGUUCUUUGUGUGUUGUUUAUGAUAACCUCAAAAUGUACAAAUCUAUACUUUUUGCACUUUUGAGCGUUGUAGCUGAGGAUGUUUUUGCAUUUCAUUGCUAUCCAGAUUAUUGCAAGAAUUUUACAUUUUUACCAAUAGAAAGCGAUAAUCUGUGUUCCAUUGAACCAGUCAAAAGAGGAGAAGACUGUAAAGAUUUAAAGUUUGAACAUAUGGGACAUGCUCCUCCUCCUGGACAACCUCUAGCUAAAGUUAAACUAACAGCAUACGUAACGGAUUUCGAGGAACUUAAUAUAAAAACAACAGCAUUCAAUUUUUCUAUCGCUAAUAUUAAUUUUGAUAAAUUAGUAACUCGUUAUCAAAGUUUGGGAGGUGAAGAAUCCGCUUGUCGGCAUGUAGAAUUCAGUAGGAAGCUUCACACAGAGGCACCGAAUUUUUUUUAUGUAUCUUGUCCAUUUUCAAAUAGAUCGUUUGAAAACAGCCAAUACAGAUUAGAAUAUUUGAUUUCUUCGAAAAAUUACGAAUACAGCAGGAAGCUUGUGUUCAUAGUUCCCAAUCACAGAUACAUAGAUACUGUUGUUAGAGAUGUUUCUCUGUACACUCCAUUUAUAUAUGUUGAUGUAUCUGAUGGAUCGAUCUUAACAGUGUAUAUUCAACUUCUACCAGAAAAGUUUGAUAUAUCCAAGUAUAAAAUUUGGAUGCUGAAUAAAGAAAAUCUUGAAAACGUAAAAGAAGUUACAGUGGAAAAACUUGAAGGUCAUGAUCAGAUUCGUUACAGUUUUCCAGUUGAGAAAGGUACAUAUUAUUUCAAAGUCACUGCUCUCCAUCCAAUUUGUCGUGAAUAUGGCUGUGUUAACAGCACUUCACCUUUUAUAAACAUUAAGCAACAAGAAUCAAACAAGAUACUUAUUAUGAUAAUCAGUGUAGUCUGGAUUCCUCCAGUGAUAUUGUAUGCUAUGUAUAACGCUUACAAAUUAUAUAAAAAAAAAGAAUUUCUGAAAUCACGAACAUUAAGAAAACUCAAGUGCCUUUUAAUUUAUUCUCCAACGCAUAUGUCACAUGUGUAUACUAUGGUCGAAUUGGCCAAAUAUUUGCGAGGUUCUAACAUUGAUGCAAUGAUUGAUACUCUAGACAUUCCUGAAACCACACAUAAGGAUCCCGUGCUUUGGUGUAACGACGCAUUCCAUAGCGCGGAUGUGGUAAUCGUGGCUACUUCACCGAAAACAAACGAAAUCGCACAAGUCGUGUAUCGAAAUAUGGACAGUCAAGCCUUACGAUUAAUCAAGGAGAACUAUCCACAUCAUAACAAAAAGUAUUACGUAAUUGAAUUUCCAUAUUGUGACCCCAACGAUGUUCCGAAGGAUGCGCGUCACUUCAAGCGUUUUUCGAUGCCAGAUGAUCUACGCAAGCUAGUUAGAGCGAUUUAUGACGCUGACUUUGUGCCUUUCUGUGGAGUUCAUCCAGCUGAAUUUGAAAAUUCUGUCAAAUGGGCUCAAAUGACGUUGCCGAUUGAUGUUCAAAAAAAUUUCGAAACGACUGACAUAAAAGAAGACUAUGAGUAUUCAAAAAUAAAAGAAAAGACUGUAAGUUCAGAAACGAUCCACAAAAAGGAAUUUGAAAUUAAUUAUGAUGAUGCAGCUCCUGAUACAACGUCCCCCAAGCGAUUCAGGACAAACAUUGAAGAAUUGAAUUUACUUGGCGAAAAUGAUAGUGAAGCUUCUACAACGGUAUUUAACCCAACAAUCAGUAGCUCUGGUUUUCGUAUUGAUACCCUGAAUUUGUAAAUUUGUUUACGUUUAAUUUAAAAAUAUCAAUUUAUUACGGUUUUUACUUUUAUGAAUCAUACGUACAUCCAAUGUAUUUUAUUAGAAUUAUUUAUUUAAAUAUAUAGAUAUUUUUUUGUAUUUAAAAAUUUAGU